AUCCUUAUCAUUGCUCUGGUGAAUUUGUUGCUCUUACUCUUGAUCCAAAUCCCAUAAGUAGAAAGGAUAUGCAAAGUUUGAACAAGGAUUUACAUAAGCUUUGGGACUUGGAAACUUUAGGUAUUCGUGUUGAUGAAGAUGUUCAUCAAAAGGUUAUUGAUGAUGUAUCAUUUAAUGGUCAACGGUACUCAGUAGGUUUGCCCUGGAAGGCAGAGCAUGGACCUAUACCAUUGAAUUAUAAUAGUGCAUUAAUAAGGUUGAAAAACCAGUUAAGAAAACUACACCAGACACCUGAUAUUUUAAUGCAGUAUGAUGCCGUAAUUAAAGAGCAAUUAGAAUCAGGUAUUAUUUCAGAAGUAACUAAGGAUGAUGUUGCUACUAAGGUAUCCUAUUUGCCUCAUCAACCUGUUAUACGUGAAGAGGCAGAGACCACUAAGGUCAGGGUUGUUUAUGAUGCUUCGUGUAAAGACAGGUCAACUAAAACCUCUUUGAACGAUUGCCUACAUGUAGGCCCAGCUUUAAAUCCUCUUAUGUUUGACAUUCUGAUAAGAUUUCGUGAGCAUCCUGUAGUUUUGGUAGGUGACAUUGAAAAAGCAUUUUUAAAUAUUGAAGUGCACAGAAGAGAUCGUGAUUGCCUGCGUUUUCUUUGGGUAAAGGAUGUAAAUGUAGAUAACCCAGAGAUUGUAACAUACCGAUUCAACAGGGUUGUGUUUGGAGUAAAUUCAUCUCCUUUUUUGCUUAAUGCUGUUAUCAGAAACCAUCUUGAUAAGUAUAAGGAAGAAGAUCCACAAUUUGUUGAUUGUUUAACCAAAUCAUUCUUCGUAGAUGACUUAGUGACAUCUUGUAAGGAUCCUAAUGAGGCUUUUUCUUUGUAUGAGAAGGCUAAACUGCGUAUGAGCAAUGGCGGAUUUAAACUUAGGAAAUGGAAGACAAAUGACGAAACGUUAUCUAAGAAAGUACUAGAAAGUGAGAAUGAGGGCCAAUCAAGUAAAUCUAGUGUGGGGAUUCACCAGGAGAAAGCAGAUUCCAUUUCUAUUCAGGAAACUAAGAAGAAAGUACUAGGUUUAGCAUGGGAUAGCAAGGAAGAUUUGUUAGAAUUCAAUUUCAGUAAGAUAGGGGAAGAUAAUGAUAAGAUUGUCCCAACAAAGCGAGGUAUUCUGAGUACUUUAGCUACUUUGUUUGAUCCUUUAGGCCUGUUAAGCCCAGUAGCUGUAGUAGCCAAGAUCCUAUUUCAAGAUUUAUGUUUGAUGAAUUUAGGAUGGGAUGACUCAUUACCUCAAGAAAAAUUAAGUAGGUGGGAAGAGUGGAUACAGUCCUUGAGAAAGUUUAAGAUAGUGACAGCCCCUAGAUGUUUACAGAGUGGUGUGGAAGGAGAGAUUAUUAAAACUAGUUUACACGGAUUUGGUGAUGCCAGUGGGAAAGCAUAUUGUGCAGCCAUAUACAUUGUUGUCGAAACUUCUAGGGGUGUUUUUAGCAGGUUGAUAUGUUCCAAGACUAGGGUUGCACCUCUAAAGGGUUUGUCUAUCCCUAGAUUAGAGCUCAUGGCAGCAAAAAUCUUAACAACACUUAUGGAUUCGGUUAUUAAUGCGCUAAGUUUACAAACUAAGAUAGAUGAAAUAAGAUACUGGACUGACAGUAUGACAGUUCUCUAUUGGAUCCAGAAUAAGGGUGAGUGGAAGACAUUUGUCCAGCACAGGGUUGACGAGAUCCUUAAGUUAACUAGAAAAGAUCAAUGGAGCCAUGUGGUAGGAUUAGAGAACCCUGCAGAUAUAGGUUCAAGGGGUGUUUCUAUUAGCAAUUUAAAUCAAAGCAGACUUUGGUGGGAAGGACCCUUAUGGUUAUCUGAAAGUAAAGGAAGUGUGCCAAGUAAUGUACUUGUUGAGGAGCCUAUUGAAGCAAAAGAGGAACGAAAGAAAGAAGUAGUUGUAAUGACAGUAGUGGAAGAGCCAAUCGGAAUUGAAGAAGUAAUUGAAAUAAACAAGUAUAGUAAACUAGGUAAGCUCUUAAGAGUAACAGCUUAUGUUCAAAGGUUCAUCAGCAACUUGAAAAAUAGAUUGGCUAAGAAGGAAGUAAAUGUUGGAAGGUUAGAGGUAGAUGAUAUAGAGAAAGCUGAGAUGGAGUGGAUUAAAAGUGCCCAAAAGACCUUACAAAGCAAUUCUGACUAUCAGAAAUAUAAAAAUCAACUGGGUAUAGUAGAUGAGGGUGGUAUUCUUGUUUGUAAGGGUAGGAUGGAGUUUUCACAGUUGGAGAUAAGCACUAAAAAUCCCAUUAUUUUGCCAAAAUGUUGUAGGUUUACGGAACUUAUAAUUCUAGACUGUCAUGAGAAAGUACACCAUUGUCAGGUAAAUGCCACUUUAGCUGAAUUGAGAACACGAUUUUGGGUGACAAAAGGGAGGCAGUUCGUAAAAAAGUUAUUGUCAAAAUGUUUUGUGUGCAAGAAAUUGGAAGGUAAAGCUUAUAAUCCACCAAAUGUUGCACCAUUGCCAGAUUUUAGAGUGAAUGAAGCGCCACCGUUUAGCAAAAUAGGUGUAGAUUUUGCUGGUCCUUUGUAUUGUAAGGGUGCAAGGAACAGCACAGCCAAAUUUUAUAUUGUAUUAUUUACUUGUUGUAUAACAAGGGGUAUACACCUUGAACUAGCUUGUGAUCUGAGUGCCAUAACAUUUCUUAAUGCUUUUAAACGCUUUGCUUCUAGACGAGGCACGCCUUCAUUAAUUGUGUCAGACAAUGCCAAAACAUUUAAAAUGACAGCAAAACUGUUGAGCAAAUUUUUUAAUGAAACUGAAGUUGCAGGUUAUAUGGAGAAUCAUAGAAUUAAAUGGAUGUUCAACCUGCCAAGAUGUCCAUGGGCAGGUGGUAUCUUUGAGCGUAUGGUAAGAAGUGUGAAAAGGUGUUUGCGUAAGGUGUUAGGCAAUGCUAGAUUGACACAAGAUGAACUACACACAGUUCUAACUGAAAUAGAAUGUACACUUAAUUCAAGGCCAUUGACAUAUCAGUAUGAAAUUGGUGAAGUACUGACACCAUCACAUUUGAUU